AUGACCCACCCUCAUUUCACGCUGGCACAGGACGACUAUGAUGACGGAGACGAGUUAGGAGAGCUCAUGUCGGUUGGGGCGUCAAAUGGGUCUGGAGACAGUAGAGUGGUUCGGCGACGUUCGAGUAAAGCGUGCGACCAGUGCCGCAAGUCCAAGUGCAAAUGCGAGCGUUCAGCGCCGGGAGAGCCGUGCAAGGCGUGCAUCAUGCUUGGUACUCCGUGUACGUCGCUGGGGCCGUCACGCAAGCGCGGACCCCCGAAAGGCUACAUCGAUGCAAUUGAGGCCAGGCUACACCAGACGGAAGCCCUGGUCGGUAUUCUUCUAGCCGUUGACGACAUGCGCGCGAAAAGCCUGCUCGACGAUCUUGCGGAGGAUCCCCUCGCCAAGGAAAUCAUUCGUCGUGUCGAUGCGAGUGCGUACGGCGUCAGGGGGCGUGCACGCGCAAACGAGGGUGUCGGCAAGCCAGAAGCCAAAACCAAGGCCAUGCUGGAACAGGACGCUGAUCUACCGGCCGGCCACCCUUCGCACCCAUCAAAUGAGUGGCAGGACGCCAUGACCAUAAAGCUCAAUUCCCUUGCCAAGUCGCGCGGUCAGACCGUCACAGAGAACGAGCCGGAUGGUGCACGAGAGCGCGUAGCAAAACAGCUACCUGUCGUUGUUUCGGUCACGCAGCCGACUCCCUCUGAGCAACCGCGAAGGCGACGCCGUAUCGGGUCACGAUCACGGACCCGGUCGCGUAGUGACAGUCGCUCACCGCCCACACCCGACGAAAGCACAGACGAAGAUGGUGCUUUAGCAGCAGAGGUUGGUCAACUCAGCCUCAACGAAGAGAGCGAGCUGCGCUUCCAUGGAAAGGCCAGCGGCCUGCAUCUUCUCGGGGUCAAGGAUCGGUCAGACGGACGCAAUGAGGGUGGCAUAUGGCGCUUUCCGAAGUCGGGUGUAUGGCCUCCCCUACCGAACGGGCUUGCCCCUGUGGAGCGAGAAGAGGCUCUACCUAUCUCUCUACCUGACGCACAGUCUCAGGAGGGCCUUCUUGAGCUAUACUUCACCUACGUGCACCCGUCUUUGCCCGUUCUACAUAAGCAGGCUUUUCUUGACGACUUCCGUCUCGGACAAGUUGGAACGCCGCCAGUCAUGUCCUCCAGCUCUCCUCCUGCUCCAGGGUCUUCGCCUGGCAGUAGUACCGGGAACGUCGGCAAGCGGCGCACCUUCGUCUCACGCUUGUUGCUGCUUGUUAUAUUCUCGAUAGGCGCACGCUUUCAAUCGCACCACGCCCCGGGCGCUGCCCAGCAUGCGCCAGGUCCCGGUGCACUAUGGCCCGCGGGAGAGGAGUAUUUUGAGGCGGCGAAAACUCUGCUCGCUCGUGGCGCGACAUACGUGUCACCACGAGUCAGCACAUGCCAGGCGCUAUUGUUAAUGGCAUAUCGCGAGAUUGGCAUCGGGGCCAUGGCUCAUGCAUGGCUAUAUCUUGGUAUGGCCAUUCGGAUGGCGCACGACCUUGGCAUGCACAAGGCUGCGGAACGGUGGUCCCGCAAGGACGCUGGACUCUUCACGCCUACCGAAUUGGAGGAGCGCCGCAGGAUAUGGUCUGCGUGUGUGAUCAUGGAUAAAUACGUGAGCGCGUAUAUUGGGCGACCCGUCUACAUACACGAGAGAGACUACGAUGCAGAGCCUCCAAGCGCCCAAGAACCCGAGGAGAUGGAGGAAUGGCGGUCCAAGCCAUCGACGGCUCUCGUCUUCGAUCCGGACGACCACGAAGGUCACCCCAUACCCACCUAUGCGGUACCUGGACGCGUCCUUUCUUGUUAUUCGGCAGCACGCGCUCUUGCCAAUAUCACUGGCCGUGUUAUCCAUCAACUUUACUCUAUCCGCACUGGCCCAGGGCGUGUCGCGGAGAGUGCACGCAUCGAAGAAGCCCUCGACAAAUGGUUCAUGGAUUUACCUGCCCACCUCCGGAUUGAUGCAACAGCCGCGGCGACGGCGUCAACACUCCCUCCUCCGCAGAUCCUUUCGCUCCACCUCUCGUACUGGGUUACAGUAAUCCUGCUACAUCGACCCUUCAUGGGUACGAACGACCACAAAGCCGGAUCAGGGAAGAAUGACGAUAAGGAAAAUGGUCACGUUCCCAAGGCGCAUUCGCAACGCAACUACGAUCUCUGCGUUCGUGCAGCCAACCAUAUCGCAUCCAUCAUUACCGGCUGGCGAACUCACUUCUGCAUUCGGCGUGCACCCGUGUGGCUGUGCUACAAUGUCUUCACAGCCGGCAUUAUGCACGUUAAUGCAUUGGAAGCUCAUCCAGAUGAUCCUCAAGCUCAACGCGGUCUCAUCACAUGCAUGGACGUGUUGAUGAAACUUGAUACUGUCUGGCCAGCGGCAGGUCGUGCUUGGGAAUUAUUACGUGGGUCGAAAGCUGGAAUUGCUCUUCAUGGCCCGAUCGCGGGUUCGAUACCCGCUGCACCCUCGAACAUUACUACGCAGAUGCACCGCAAGAGGCUUUCUGUGAAGCGCUCGGCCGACGUGUUCGUGUCGGACGAGUCCGAGCAACCCUACUCCCCAAGCGGCGUAGAGCCGCGCGGACAAUCGUCCCUCGCCUAUGGGCAUACAUUAUCGCAACAGAACCACGCCUCCCCCACGCUACCACAGGGUCCCUCGGGAGGCGCGUUCUUCGGCCCUUCGUCACUUCCUUCGGCUGGUUCCUCAUCGUCGUACGAACGCUGGUCAGGGUCAGACCAGUCCAGUGCAGGGCCAAGUUCGAAUGGCUUCGUCAGUGGACUGAGUACUAGCGGUCUUCCGCCGCAGUAUUCAACUGGCUUCCCUCCUGAGCACCGCAUGCAGCCACCGGCCCCCGCCCACCGCGCUCCUCCUGGCCGCUACCCUCAAUUCUGGAAUGAAUUCCCCCCACUGGGUCCGCAGCUGCAACCAACUUCAUACCCACCGCAGCGAGAGCACCGAGGCUCUAUGUCGGGUGCCGAUGCUCUAGCCGACAUCGUCGGCAAUCAUGGCGCACCGCCGCAUGGGAUAUUCUAUGGUCUACCGGGCACUGCGCUACCGGAUGACGUCGGGGGAGAAUACUAUAACGGUGCGUCUAGGUCUGAGCUCGCGCCUUCGACUACCCUGUCCACGUCGCUCCUGGGUUCUGUGGCUAUUACAUAG